UGUGCCUACCUCUCUCUAGGCAGUAUAAAUAGCCGUUACCUCUCCACCAUUUCUCUCAUUCGUUCUCUCUCUCUCUCUCUCUCUCUCUCUCUCUCUCUAACCAUCUCGUAUUUUUAAUUUGUUUCUGCUCCGAUCCUCCCCAUGGCUACCGUCGAGGUUCAGACAACACCCGCUCCAGAGUUCACCACCCCAGUUGAGGAACCAACUAAGGUUGAACCAGUUGCAGAGGAAACGGUAACUGCACCAGUAGUGGCAGAAGAACCCGCCGUUGCUGCCCCUCCCGCAGAGGUGGAGACACCCGCACCAUCAGUAGAGGAAACACCGAAAGAAGAAGAGGUGGUUGAAGAGAAGGUAGAGGCAGCAGAGGAGAAACCCGCAGAGGAAGUAUCUACCGAGACAAAGGAAAUCAAAGUCGAAGCCACAGAAACCGCAGCACCAGAAGAGACAGAGACAAAGGCAGAGGAGCCAGCCGCAGAAGAACCGGCAGCGGCAGCGGCAGUUGUAGAAGAAGCUGCACCUGCUGCAGCAGCUGAGGAGAAAGUAGAGGAGACUACGAACACUGCUGCUGAAGAACCAGAAGCCGAAGCAACCAAGACAGAAACCAAAGCUGAAGAAGAAACCAAGGUUGAGGAAGAGAAGGUUGAUGCUGCUGAGUAGAGUGUGAUGGGGCUUGUUUGGAUGCAUAGGUUAUUUUUAUUAUUAGUAGUAGUAGUUUAUGGUUAAGUGAAGCUAAAAUGAGAUAUCUAUCAAUGAGGGGCUGAGGGGCAUAUCCCCAUAUGGGUUGGGUAAUACUCUCUUUGGAUUUAGAUUUCUGAGUUGGAUUUUGCUUCUGUGGUUUGAGUUAAAAGAGUUGGUGUUGUUUGAUUUUGAUGGUACUUAGUGGGUUUAUGUAGAGAUCUCUUUGUAUUGGUAUUUUAGUUAUUCUAAAAAUGUAUUUCUUAUUGUAUUUA